ACUGUAUAUCUAUAUAUAUCUCAUCAAGAGUCAAGACUUUAAUUCUUCUUUCUUUACAUUCCAUGUAUGUAUCCAUUAUCUAAACCACACUAGCUACCAUUAAACGCCGCCCCCACAAUUUCCAUUCCAUCUUUUCUUCCCCCUCCUAUGCUCCUUUGCACAUAUUGAAGAAAUAAAUGGACAACAAUUAUUCCAUGUUGUUUCCUUGUCCUCCAUCUUCAAGCUACACAAUUCCGACUACUGGUUUGAUGAACAAUAGUCAAAGCUCUAAUGCAUUUCUUGAUUUGAAGCCUAGUAACAAUAAUGAUGGUGAAGAUGUCAAAGGAGAUGAAGGAAACGUUAAAAAGAAAGGAGAGAAAAAAGCUAAGAAGCCUAAAUAUGCUUUUCAAACUAGGAGUCAAGUUGAUAUUCUUGAUGAUGGUUAUAGAUGGAGGAAAUAUGGACAAAAAGCUGUUAAAAACAACAAAUUUCCCAGGAGCUACUAUAGGUGCACACAUCAAGGGUGCAAUGUAAAGAAACAAGUGCAACGUUUAACCAAAGACGAGGGAGUAGUGGUGACAACUUAUGAAGGAGUUCAUACUCACCCUAUUGAGAAAACAACUGAUAACUUUGAGCAUAUCUUGAGUCAGAUGCAAAUAUACACUCCCUUUUGAAACUAGCACCUGCAUAAACUUCUUCUAAGUUGAGGCUCUUAGUUUUAGUUCCUCAUUUGAUGCAAGAAUAAAAUUGUCUAUAUAUUUUAACUUCUUAUUAGACUAUUUUUAAUUUGUUCUUUUAUUGGAAUGUUAUGUUUAUGUAAUGUAACUUCAGCUAUCAAGUUCGGCUUGCUGAUAAUUUAUAUAUCUUUUAUUCUUUUUU